AGAAUCAAAAAGAAGAAUUUUUAUUUUAACAGAACCACAAGGCUCCAUGCAUGUCUAUAUAUGUAUGUGUAAAGCAGGAAGAAGAGAGAUAAAUAACUUGAAAUAUGAAUGCAGAAAACAGAGAGAUGGUAGGAGGAACAAGAGACAAGAAGAGAGGGCACCCGUUGCUGAGAUGGAGUACGAAACAAGAAACCUUUAGCCAUGGCUUCUCACAAUCUGACCUCCAAGCUCUCUCUGCCAUUUGCGAGGCUAUCAUGCCUCCUGUUCCGUUACUGAGCUUAGAUCUUGACAUGAAGCUGAAAGUCUUACGCAACGAUGCCCUCUUAUCUUUCUUCAAGUCUUCUGGCUCUCAUGUCAGACCUGAUGAGGUAGCAGAGGUAAUGGCGACAAAGGCAAUGCCAGUGACAGUCACAGUGGUGAGAAUAGUUUUGAGACUACUCACCUUCAGAUUGGGAACUUUGUUGCUAUGUGGGUUUGUCUGUCUUGAUAAGAAGAAUUGGUCUUUUCUUCUUCUCAAAUUCUCUGACAUCUCGCUUGAGAAGAGAGAAAAAGUUCUCCAGAAAUGGAACAAGCAGUGGUACAACCCUCUAGCAAGAAUUGCUUUUAUGAUGAUCAAAGCCAUCUUCCUGUUCUACUACUUCACUUGGACAAAUGAAAAUACAGAGAACCCGGCAUGGGAUGCAAUUGGCUACAAGGUGGACAUAGGUGAAAACGAGGACAUUGAACGCAAGCAAAGGCCUCUAGAGAAAGGGAUCAUCGAGACCGCAAAAGAAGACGAGGCAACCAUCAAGCAACUCAUGAUCAACAAAGGACUUAAACUCAAAGAGGACAAAGAAAGCAACACUUUCAAGAUCGAGUGCGAUGCAGUGGUAAUAGGCUCCGGCUGCGGAGGAGGAGUCGCAGCAGCGAACCUAGCGAAGUCAGGCCUUAAGGUAAUAGUCGUCGAGAAAGGGAACUACUUCGUGCCGCAAGACUACUCAACACUCGAAGGCCCUUCCAUGUUCGAGAUGUUCGAAGCCAACGGGUUGCUGAUGACACACGACGGGAGGUUCAGGUUCAUGGCGGGGUCAACUCUCGGCGGCGGGUCGGUUGUAAACUGGGCGGCUUCGUUGAAAACACCUGACGCGAUCAUCGAAGAAUGGUCAGUUGAUAGAGGGAUCGCAACAUUCGCUAGAGAGGGAUACACAGCUGCUAUGGAAAGUGUUUGCAAGAGAAUAUGCGUCACCGAUAAAGUCAUCAGAGAAGGUUUUCAGAACCAGAUACUGCGUAAAGGCUGCGAAAAGCUCAGGCUGGAUGUGACCGUAGUGCCGAGGAAUUCGUCAGAGGAGCAUUACUGCGGUAGCUGCUCGUUCGGUUGCAAAACUGGUGAUAAGAGAGGAACGGAUAUAACAUGGUUAGUUGAUGCAGUUGACAACAAUGCUGUUAUCCUAACACAGUGCAGGGCCGAUAAGCUGAUCUUUGCUGAAACAGAGAGUGGACGAAGAAAAAAAAGAUGCUUGGGAGUCACAGUUUCAAUAUCAAACACAACAAUUAAUAAGAUUGAGAUCAAUGCUAAAGUGACAGUUGUAGCUUGCGGCUCACUAAUGACACCGGGGCUGUUAUCUUCAAGCGGGUUGAAGAAUCCAAACAUCGGUCGGGGUCUCCACAUCCACCCUAUACUCAUGGCGUGGGGAUACUUCCCUGAGAAAAACUCGAACUUCAACGGAGCAGCUCACGAGGGAGAGAUCAUGACUUCGUUACACUACGUAUUCGAAAUAGACUCUACAACCCCAAACAUAACGCUGGAAACUCCAGCGUUAGGUCCAGGGACCUUCGCGGCUCUCAUCCCGUGGGUCUCUGGGAAAGACAUUAAGGAGAGAUUAGCAAAAUAUUCAAGAACGUCUCACAUUUUCGUAAUGGUUAGAGACGAAGGCGUCGGGGAAGUAAAGGGAGGGAUUGUUAAAUACAAAUUAACGAAAGCGGAUGAAGAGAAUCUGACGACGGGGUUGAGACGAGCGUUACGGAUCUUGGUGGCUGCGGGAGCGGAGGAGGUGGGGACGUAUAGGAGCGAUGGGCAGAGGUUGAAGUGCGAUGGAGUCAAGGAGGAGGAUCUGGAGAAGUUUUUGGAGACGGUGGAUGCGCCGGCUGGAGUUGUGUCGAUGAGUAGGCGGUGGACUCAUUCGUUCACGGCGCAUCAGAUGGGGUGUUGCCGUAUGGGCGCGACGGAGGAGGAAGGAGCUGUUGAUGGAUACGGAGAGAGCUGGGAGGCGGAGGGUUUGUUUGUAUGUGAUGCGAGUGUUUUGCCUACGGCUCUUGGUGUUAAUCCUAUGGUCACGAUUCAGAGUACUGCUUACUGCAUAUCGAAGAGAUUAGCUGAGUUGAUGAUGAAGAAGAAGCAAGAUUGAGAAAAAAUGUUUUUAAAUUUCAAAUUUCUAUCAUUAGUUCAUCUCGGAUCGCACUAAGAAUUCGAAUCUAAGAUCUAUCGAUCCAAUUAUAUAAUUCAGUUGAGAUUAAUCAAAAUUUUAGAAUGAUCAAGGAUUCAGUUACAUACAAUCAAAUCAACA